CGCCGCAUCGAACGAACCGCGUUGUUCGCACCGCUUUGCAGUAUUAUGUAGUGUCAUUUCUGUCUAUACGUCUAUGUCGAAGUGAACGCGUAUAAUGGAAAUUGACCCUAUUAUUGUCAGUACUUUAUUAAUAGAGGAUGAAGAAAACGAAAUACCACAAAGGGAAAAAAGAAUUUGGGUUCAUAGUAUUAACUUAAAAAGGCAAUGGUUUGGAGAAUACUAUUCGUUAUAUCCUGACUUACUAAAAGACGAUAAGCGUUUUUUUAAGUAUUUCCAUAUGACUCCUCUCAAGUUUAGGCAGCUGUUAGGUAUGCUAGAACCGCACAUAACUAGACAAAAUACAAGGUAUAGGAUGGCAAUUGGACCAGAAGAAAAACUAGUUGUUUGUUUAAGGUUUCUGACAACCGGGAAUUCUUUUACAUCUUUAGCUGAUAACUAUCGAUUGGGCGAGACUACAGUACGAGAAAUAGUAUACUCUACCUGUGAAGCAAUUUGGGCCUUUAUACAACCAAUCGUAAUGCCCACACCUAACGAGAAUUUGUGGCUUUCAUCGGAAGCACAGUUUCGGGAAAGAUGGAAUUUCCCAAAUGCAGUGGGAGCACUUGAUGGGAAACACAUAUUGAUCGAAGCACCACAACAUAGUGGUUCUAAUUAUUUCUGCUAUAAAAAACACUUUAGCAUUGUGUUACUAGCGCUAGUUGAUGCAAAUAAAAAAUUCAUAGCGGUAGAUGUUGGUGCUUUCGGCAAAAAUUCUGAUGCUAGAAUAUUUCAAAAUUCAAAUAUGGGACAAAGUCUCAGAGAAGGCAACUUUAAUAUGCCCCCACCAAAACCGCUACCUGAUGGAAAUAAUUUACCACACGUUAUCGUUGGGGAUGAAGCGUUCCCACUGUGUACAUACUUAAUGAGGCCGUAUUCACGUGAUGAUGUAAAAGGAAAUGAAGAAAAGAAGAUUUUUAACUAUCGAUUAAGCCGCGCAAGAAACACGGUAGAAAAUGCUUUUGGAUUAUUAGUAAGAAAAUUUAGAUUAUUUGAACAUAAACUACAUAUGUCUCGUGAUCACACUGUAACAAUUAUCCUAGCAAUAUGUGCUUUACAUAAUUUUUUAAGAGAAGACAUAUGUUACUGGUCGAAAAAUGAUCAUGUAAGGCUGAGUGACAUGCGUGGAAUAAAGAACAUGAGGGGAGCUAGAGGAAACAUAAGGACCACGGCUUUAGCAGUCAGAAAUGCAUUCAAGGAUUAUUUUUGUUCAGAAGUUGGAUCAGUUGAAUGGCAGCGUCGAAGAGUUCGAGAAGGAAAAUUACAUUGAUAUACAGAGAAGCCAGAAAACUACCGACGAAUGUCGCUUUAUUACGAUCUUGACUUUCUAUGUGAAAUAAGAUUAGAUGUAAAUACAAAAAUAAAAAAGUUUA